AUGGGCCCCGGCCGGGGGUGCGGGGAGGCCGGGCAGCCGCUCACGCCAGCCCGGGGAUGCGCCGCUCGGGCUAGGCCGCGCCGGCUCCGAGCGGCUCCGGACCGCACCCCCCCCGACCCCCGGCUGGGCUGUGCCGCCUUUCGGCCGGGCCGCGCCGCUCCGCCUACUCUCUGCCGCCGCAGCCGGCCGCCUGCCUCGCUCCUCCCCUGCCCUCAGCGGCACCGCUCCGCGCCCGGCACACAGGCAGCCGCCGCCGGACCUGCUGCUCCCAACAUGGCCGCCACCACCGCCGGCCCUCGGCUCUUUCCGUCGGCAGCAGCCGGAAACAACCGAAGUGGAGAGGAACGGGAGGGGGGCGCGCCUCCUCCUCCCGGCCGCCGACUACGGGUGAAUUCCGGAAACACCCGAAGAAGCAGCCUCGCUGCGGUUUCCGGAAAUACCCGAAGUGGCUCCGCGUGCGGGGAGCCGGCCACGCCUCCGUCCCGCCCCGCAGCCGACCGCGGCCGUCGGCCAUUUCCGGCAACACCCGAGACCCGGCGAGCCCGGAGUUGUUCCCUGGAGGAGUACCCAGAGCUUGACUCCUCGUUUCUUUCCGUCAGUUUCCGGGUAUUUUCAAACCUUGAACAGGAAGCUUGGAUCACCUGCGCACGUUAUUAUUCGACUAAAUAGAAAAUAAAGCUAUUAGCCGAA